CAAACCCAGUUUUGCGAAGUCUCUCCUUAGCAAACAAUGAAUUGUCCUUCGCGCCAUCACCAUCAGUGAAAAUAUGUUUUCCGGUUGUUCCGCCCUAGUCAAACUGUCAUUAAGCGGUAAUCAGUUUCUGUAGGAUAACAGAAGCCAAGAUGAUGAUCUUGUUCCAGCCGCUUACAUCAUUAGAAAAUCUUGAUCUUAGUAGGACUUAUCUGCAGAACUUGCCGACAGAAGUCUUAGGCCUGAUGCCCCGAUUGACAAAACUUUCUCUGUGGGGAAACAACAUGACAGAGAUUGCCAACGGAACUUUCAGUGGGUUGAGGAACCUGACGAGCCUGGACCUGUCGGAUAACCUGCUGACCAGUGUACAUGAAGCGGCCUUUGGAAGUGAAACACAAAGUCAGCUCCAGCACCUGGACCUCAGCGGCAACCCUUUCAACUGCUCCUGCUCUGACCUUUGGUUCCCCCACUGGCUCAAGACGAACCCUGAACUCUUCGCUCACCCGAGGUUUGAUUAUGUGUGUGUCAACUACAACUACACCAACAUAACAUCAUUUGUAGACGAUGAGUGCAACACCACCACCACCACCACAACGACCACCCAGACAACACCAUCAACUCUCAGCACAACUGCGCGCCAUCGCAAUGUUAAACCUGCUCUCUUCGCCAUUUUAUACUUCUUCAUCGCUGUUGUUGUCCUUGUCGUCAUCGUCUCAGUCACAUACUGGCUGUACACAAGACCUUGUCGUGGCUAUUUCUGGAACUGGACUGGCACGCGCGGACAGUACCACCCCAUCCUGCCUUAAUAUGUCUGCCCAUCAGCUUGGCCAUCAACUGUCUAUUAUCUAUCGUCAGCCUCUGUCCUGCAUCGUCAUCGGCUGUUGGUGCUUCGCUUGAUGAUGCUGUGGUGGGUGAUGACGUGUCUCUGAUCUUUACCUGGCUUACCUGCUUGAAGGAUAUGUAGAUAUGUUACUGUAGUC